AGAUUUGGAGAGAAAGUACACCCACACAAAAAACAAAUGAAAUUUGGCAUGCACAUCAUCCCCAUCACCAUCACCCUCAUCAUCAUCAUCAUCAUAGAAACCAUGAAACUGUACCAUUAAAAUCCCCUGAGUUUUUUCUCCAAUUUCCCUGCAAAUAAAUUCUUCUCCUUUUCCCCACAACCCAGAUAUCCAAAUUCCACACACAUUGUUGUUGUUGUUAUAGUAGCAUAGCAUGAUCCAAUGAUGCAUGCAUCGUUGUUACAACGUUCCAUUCAACAACGACGUUUCAACGUGUCACAGUGAAGAUUCUGUUGAUAAUUGAAAUCCGUGUACGCAUUCUUCUGCGUCGUUCCAUUCUUGUUUCUUCUCUCUGUUUCUGAUUGGUGGGUGGUUGUUAUACAAGAAAGGGCUUGCUUUUGGUUCUGAAUUGUGCUAGAGGGUAAUGGGUCGUUGCCCUUGUUUCGGUUCGAGGAAGAAGAGUAAGGAGAAGAAUCUCAACGAUCGGGAAGAGGAGGAAAAGAAGCUUAAAUCUGUAGCUUCAACUGUUUCUGGAAGAUCUUCAGUUGACAUGAUAUGGUUUGAUACAGGACGAAGAUCAGAAGCAACUCCAACAGAGGAUACUGACAGUUCUAAUAAGGCUCAGAUAUUCACCUUCCGAGAGCUUGCAACAGCAACAAAAAAUUUUAGGGAUGAAACUUUUAUUGGUCAAGGUGGAUUUGGAACAGUUUACAAAGGACAGCUAGAGAGAACGAAUCAGGUUGUGGCUGUUAAAAGACUUGAUACAACUGGUCUCCAAGGAGAGAAAGAAUUUCUUGUGGAGGUUCUCAUGCUUUCUCUUCUACAUCAUCCCAACCUUGUUAAUAUGAUUGGGUACUGUGCUGAAGGGGAUCAACGUCUACUUGUGUAUGAAUACAUGCCUAUGGGAUCCUUAGAAUCUCAUCUCCAUGAUCUUUCAUCUGACCAAGAACCUCUUGAUUGGAAUACCAGAAUGAAGAUAGCUGCUGGGGCCGCAAGAGGAUUAAAUUAUCUGCACCAUGAAGCAAAUCCUUCUGUUAUAUACAGGGAUCUGAAAACAUCCAAUAUACUCUUGGGUGAAGGUUUCCAUCCAAAACUUUCUGAUUUUGGGCUUGCAAAGUUUGGUCCAACUGGAGACCAAUCAUUUGUUAACACAAGGGUCAUGGGAACACAUGGUUACUGUGCUCCUGAGUAUGCCACAAGUGGAAAAUUAACAAUGAGAUCUGACAUAUACAGUUUUGGGGUUGUGUUGUUGGAGCUAAUUACUGGACGUAGAGCAUAUGAUGAAACCCGUGGCCCUGAAAAGCAUCUUGUUGACUGGGCACGCCCAAUGUUUAGAGACAAAAGGAAUUUUCCAAGAUUGGUAGAUCCGCGUUUGGGAGGUCACUUCCCAGGAAGUUGUCUAAAGAUGGCUAUUGAAAUGGCUUCCAUGUGUCUUCGAGAGGAGCCGCGGCACCGGCCUGAUGCAGGUGAUAUAAUGCUAGCCCUAGAUUUUUUGUCAUCCAAGCAGUAUGUCCCAAAAGUAUCAGGUACAGUUAAGACAGGAGGGAUGGAGAGUGGUGACUCCCCAAGUCCAAAAGAAGGAUCAAUGGUUUUGGCUAAAGACUCACAGAGAGAGAAAGCUGUUGCAGAGGCCAAGCUUUGGGGGGAGACAUGGAGACAUAAAAGAAAACAAAGUGGCCAAAGUACUCCUGAGGAUGCAAGUAGGUAGUGAAAUUGAAUUUUUGUUCUCUUUUCUACAUGCACAGGGUAUCAAGGAAGGUUCAACAUAAAGGGAAAGCAUGUGUUCAAUAUUUAAAUGUAGACAAAUAGAAUUGGUUAGCCAGCUAUUUAUAAAAAGUGGUGUUUAGGAAAUAGUGAAGCUGAGGCUCAACUUAAUGUGAUUUGACAUGAGUUUUCACUAUUAAGGAUUGCUGCACUAAAACAAGAGAUAUUAUUAACAGCUCAAUGUUUUAGCAUACCUUAAUACUGUUGGAUGCAAACACAAUUUUUCGUUUAUAAUGGAAAAUAGAUAGCAAAUUGAUGAAAGUUACA